AUGUCGAUACUAUUGAAGUACAAUCGUUGUUCGACAUGUUUUCGUCUAAAAUCCAUUGUUUACUACACAUAUCGUUCUAUAACAGAUAAUAACAUUUUUAGUUUACAGGAACGGGGAUUAUUUCGUGAAAUAUUACCUCCUGUCGAUCCUGAACUUACUCAGUCAGUUAUGAAUAAAAAACAAACAGUCUACUGUGGUUUUGAUCCCACAGCUGAAUCAUUACAUAUUGGAAAUCUGAUUGCAUUGAUUGGACUUCUACAUUGGCAACGAGCUGGGCAUCAACCACUUGCAUUAAUUGGUAGUGCUACGGUGUUACUUGGUGAUCCAAGCGGCCGAAUAAAUGAACGUCAACAAUUAUUAAAUGAUGAAAUAGUGACAAAUACCACUAAUAUUGAAAAACUCAUUCAAAAGAUAUUUCAAAAUCAUGAAAAAUACAUAUGGAAAGGAAACAACGAUAAGGGACAACGAAAACUUUUACCAGUAAGCAUUCUAAAUAAUUUAUCAUGGUAUAAAGAUAUGAAUGUUAUCCAUUUUUUGUCGACAUAUGGAAGACAUUUUCGAAUGGGACCAUUGUUAGCAAGAAAAACGAUUGCUAAACGAAUUGAAUCAGCAGAAGGUCUGAGUGUAAACGAGUUUUUAUACCAGUUAUUUCAAGCUUAUGAUUGGUAUUAUUUAUUCAGAAAUUUUAAUUGUAGAUUUCAACUAGGUGGUGUUGAUCAACUUGGAAACAUCGAUACAGGACGAAACUUUAUUAAAAAAAUGACACAUCUAGAAGAAAUCGUACAUGGUGUUAUGUUACCAUUAUUGACAAAUGAAGCUGGAGAGAAAUUAGGCAAAAGUACUGGAAACUCAAUUUCGAUCGAUGAAAAUAUUUGUACACCAUAUGAAAUAUAUCAGUUUUUCCGUAGUACACCAGAUUCUAAAGUAGAAGAAUAUUUGAAACUGUUUACAUUUUUACCGUUACUGGAAAUUCAACAAUUAAUGCAAUCACAUAGAAAUAAACCUCAGGAAUAUGCGGCUCAGAUAAAACUAGCAAAACAAGUUACACUAUUAGUUCAUGGUGACGACGGUCUUCAGUCAGCUAUUCGAACAACAGAAGCAUUGUUUGCCGAAAAUAUUGAUUUAUUGUCUAAUUUAACUGAAAAAGAAAUAAAUGGUUUUGCUAGUAGUAUUCCAACGAUGCAAAUGACUUUAAAUCCUGAGCUGACAUUACUCGAGCUGUGUAUGGCUGUCAAAGGUUUUUCAAAUGAACAAACAGCUUUGAAUGUAAUUGAUAAAGGCGGUGUGCGUAUUAAUCAUAAAAAAGUUCAAAAUCCACAUGCUGUACUCGUUUUUGGUCUGCAUAUCCUACCGAACAAAAUUACGGUUCUUAGAAUAGAAAAACUUUUAUAUUAUCAGAUGGAUACAGAACAAGAAUGA